CCUGCUAUUGGUGCUUGUUUACACGAUGCCCACAGGAGGCGCUGAUUGGUCGCAUUCCUCACGUGACCGACCAACUUUGUACAUUUGACAGGGGAGUAGGUGGGUUUUGGAGAGAUCAGAAAAACGACAGCACGAUAAAAAUUAGAAUUGUUGCACUUUACAAAUUAAUGAUCAUGAGUUCCUACUUGAUCAAUUCGAAUUACAUCGAACCUUCUUUCCCGCCCUGCGAAGAAUAUCAGCAGAACGGAUACAUGCCCAUGCCCUCCGAUUAUUAUGAGCGGCCGAAAGACUCGGGCUUCCCCCAUCACGAGGAGGCAUCAUUCCCGCGAUCAAACUACCAGGAGCCGAGCUACGAUUACGGUAAUGUGACAACCAACGGCAUCAACGAGUUUACAGACCGUCAUCACGCACAACCUCAGUCCGUUCCGCAGAAUCACGGACCCCACCUCGCUACAGAGAGCUGUGAUGGUUCUACUGAAAACAAGGAUUGUAGCCUUGUGUCAGAAGCUCUCCCAGGCGCCCAGAAGGGUAAGGAGCCGGUGGUGUAUCCCUGGAUGAAAAAAGUCCAUGUUAAUUCUGUGACCGCCAGCUACUCUGGAGGAGUGCCCAAGAGGUCUCGCACCGCCUACACACGCCAGCAAGCUCUUGAGCUUGAGAAAGAGUUCCACUUUAACCGAUAUUUGACUCGACGUCGACGAGUGGAGAUCGCGCACACUAUGUGUCUUUCUGAACGUCAAGUGAAAAUCUGGUUUCAAAACCGCCGUAUGAAGUGGAAGAAAGAUCACAAGCUUCCCAACACAAAGAUCCGUUCAUCGAGCACUGCGUCCUCCAGCCACCACGUGAAAACGGACGCCACUCAGCAGCAGCAAACACUACUUCCUACGCCGUGUUCCUCGAACCUUUAGUGCCAGAAGCACAUCGGCACAAACGGACCUCAACAAGAAAGAAGACAUAUUAGUAUUAAGAUUGGAACUUCACAGGGUUACUUUUUAUUCAAUGUCCGAAAAGGCGACCUCAUUCUCGACUCCCCAUUCAUUUCCUUCACACUUAUUUGAGCUGGAAGCAUACCCUUCCUUUAUAGAUAGUUGUUUUUUCGUACUUGAACAAUAGUGGUGUGUAGUUUAACUUGGUUAAAGGAUCGUUGCGUUAUUUUUCUCUAACCGGGCAUAUGACCAGUGCUAGUAACGCGUGUACAAAUCCCAUUGACAUUUUAAUAUGAAGGCACAAGUAUAGGAGCAAUCUCUGUGAGGUAGUCAUCAUAUUUGUCUUAGUUCCAUUUUAGUGUAUUUUGUCUGUAUUUACGUCAUCAAAGCUGUGAAUAUUCGUGUACUUGGUUAUUUGUAUAUUGGUAAAAUAUGUCAAGAUGUUUUAGUAAGCUUGUAUGCAAGUUAUUGUAGGCAACCAGUGGAAAUAAUAAAUAUGAAUUUAUUGUGUAUAAUCCUUUUAGACUAAUCCAUAGUAAGG